CAUCUUCCUGGAAGUACCCUUUUAAAAGAGAAUAGUAGUACUUUCAUCUUUUUUGAUAUUCGGCUGCAUCGUCCUAGUAAGUAUAAUGUGUGGUGCCCAUGAAUCAAGAAGACAUAACUAAGAGAUAUAUAUAUAUAUAUAUGUAACCGUUGACUAUUUCAAAGCUACCAUUAACUUAUAUCUACGUGAGACAGUGUAUGCACGAAUUAGACAAAACCAAUCUUUUUUUUUUUUUAGAAAAAAAAAAAAUUCAUUCUUAGUAAACAAAAAAAAGAAAAAGAAAAAGGAAGAAAUGAUUGAGAAGAAGUAAGUAAUGAAGUUCAACAAGGAUGCAAGACGGGAGGGGGAUUCGGGAAGCAUCCGGUUGGAUAUCGUCCGCAACGCAAACGGCAGCGGCGGCAGCUUGGAUUUUUUCGGGCCGCAGCCGGAGCCAAGCGAUCCGACGCCCCGGCGCCGCAGGGACGGCGACUUCCGCGCCCCCGAGAAGAAGCUCACCCUUUUUGCUCUCCGGCUCGCUGUGCUCGAGAAGGCGGCCAGCGGCCUCGGCACCCUCGCCUUCAUCUGGGCCACCGUCGUCCUCCUCGGCGGCUUUGCGACCUCGCUCCUCCCCAAGGACUUCUGGUACGUCACCAUCAUCCUCCUCAGCGAGGGCACCCGGAUCUUCAGCCGCAGCCACGAGCUCGAGUGGCAGCACCACGCCACCUGGACCCUCGCAUCCGCCGGCAGAUACAGCUUCCGUGCGAUCAAGUCCAGCUCCCGCUUCCUCGUCCGGGCAGUGAAGGCCGCGUUCCACUGCGCCGCCUCCGCGAGCCGUCUGGAAGGCGACCGCAGGCGGCAGAUCGCCGCCGAGGAAGAGCAGCGGCGGACCGUGGAAUUCCAGAAGCAGCUCGUUCGGUACGGCACGCAACGUACGUGGCACCCGCCGGAAGUUCCGCUGCUGCCGUACGCCGGCUGGGUCUUCAUAUCCAAGAACAUCAGCCGCGCGCUGACGUGGCUCCAGAUCGCCUCGGCGCUGUCCUGCGUGACGCUUUCGACGAUGCGCCUCGUCCAGCAGGACUACGGCGAGAGUGCGCAGGAAACCGCGAACGGGAAGAUGGCGCUCGACCUGUUCUACGGCCUGGCCCUCGCCGAAGCCCUGAUGUUCCUGGUUGAAAAGAUUUAUUGGACUUGGAAAAUAUCCUACUGCGGGCUGCUGCAGCAGGUGAGCACGGAGUGCGAGCUCGGCGCGGCCGGCGUCGUGUCGAUCCGCCGGUUCUUCUACGACGCGUACUCGCAGUGUAUCGAACGCAGCAUAUUCGACGGGAUCAAGAUGGACCUGGUGACGUUUGCGGCCGAGCUGCUGGACUCCGAAUCCCCCGACGAGCAGCUCAUCGGGGCCCGCAUCCUGCAGCAGUUUGCGAAGAGCGAGAGCUUCGCGUUCGAGGCUCUGCGGAAGAUCGGCACGACAACGCGGGCGAUCGAGCGGCUGAUCGAAAUGCUGAACUGGAAGAACCCCGCGGAGGAAGAGAUCCGGCGGUGCGCCGCGGAGGUCGUGUCGAAGCUCGCGGGGAAGCGGCAGAACGCGCUCCGCGUUGCGGGCAUUCCCGGCGCGAUGGAAUCGAUCGCCUCGCUGCUCUACACUGGCGGCGGGAGGGCUGCCAGCGCGAGCAGGACCGCAGAGGCCACUGCUGCGGAUGGAAGCUCCGACGCCGUGGCGACCGGCGAGUCGAACUACGAGUUUGCGGUGUUCAACCUGCUCGGCCUGCUGAUACUGAAGAAGCUCGCCAAGGACGACGAUAACUGCUUUAAGAUCGGGAACACGCGGGGGCUGCUCGCGAGGAUCGUCGACUUCACGAGCGCCAAGCAGGGGCUGCUGCGCAACGAGCACGCGCUGGAGUCGCAGAUUCGGGCGGUGACGCGGGCGCUGCAGGUGGUGAAGAUGCUGGUGCGAGCUACCGGUGGCACGGGAAAAAUGUUACGCCAGGAGAUAUCGGAGAUAGUGUUCACGGUCAGCAACAUCCGGGAGAUCCUGCAGUGCGGCGAGAGGCAUACCGAGCUGCAGAAGCUCGCAAUCGAGACCCUGACCGGUCUGGCGAUGGACGAGACCGCAAAGGAGCGGAUCGCGAGCACGGGCGGCAUCGUGAAGCUUCUCUUCGCUAUUUUCUUCAAGCCGGAGUUUGUGUCUGAGAACUCGGUGGGCGUCGAGGCGGGGGAGGCUCUGGCAAUGCUGACGCUGGAGAGCAGGAAGAAUUGCGUGCUGAUCUUGAAGAAGGGUGAUGUGUUGGAGCGCCUUAUCGCUGCGCUGGCGAACCCGGUAUUGCAGCUGAACGCGUCGAGGAUUUUGCGGAAUUUGUGCGCUUAUUCCGGCGCCGAAUCCGCCUGGCUCAACCAGAUUACUGCAGCAAUGUCCACUGUAUUGAAAGCAACUAUGAAAGAAACAGGAAAAUUACUAGAGGUAUCAAUUGGUGUCACCAUGCAAAUCUGCAAAUUCAUGAGCUCCGAGCAAUUCGCAGCCGAACUAGAGCGAGCCGACAUCAAGGAGGCCGACUACGUCGAGAAACUCGUGAAGAUACUAAAGGAAUACAAGUACCCAGAUAUCAAAGUGCCGAGAAUACGACGAUUCGUCAUUCAACAAGCCAUUUGGAUGAUGCGUUGUCCGCAUGAGAAAUAUCUCAAACUAUUCAAGGAUUUGGAGAUGGAGAAGCUGCUGGAGUCUGUGGCGGAGACCACGUCAGAUCUCGAAUGCUUCCAUGUCUUCUCGGGCAGUGUCGGACUGAGUCAGCAUCGAAAAACUGUCUCUUCUAUUGUUGAUAAUGCAUUAGUUCUGUUGAGUGGUGGUACAGGUCAAGAAGAGUAACACUUGCACAAUACUUUCAUUACAAUUUGUUUGAGUAUAUAGCAUGUAGUUAGAGAAUUGAAAAAGGAAAAUAUUGUCAUAGUAUGCCACAUUUGUAUGGCCACAUAUAUGUUAGGAAAAACCGCAAUGAAAAUCAGAUUGUGAUUAAUUAUCUAACUAAA